CUGCCGUGCCCAGGCAGCGGUGCCGGGCAUGGGCAGGCCUCCACAGAACCGUUGCUCGCCGCGGCGCAUGCGCGCCCGCUGCCCCGCCACUGCUCCCGCCCCUCCUACCCCCCCCCGCUGCCGCGCCGUGCGGUGCCGCUCCAUGGGACACGCGCUGUUUUCCCCCUGCAGCCGGCGGGAGGCGGCGGAGGAGGAGCGUGAAGAUGCCGGGGAAGCUGAAGGUCAAAAUCGUGGCAGGGCGCCAUUUGCCCGUGAUGGACCGCGCCAGUGAUCUGACCGACGCCUUCGUGGAGGUAAAAUUUGGAAAUACAACAUUUAAGACAGAUGUGUAUCCCAAAUCACUUAAUCCUCAGUGGAAUUCUGAGUGGUUCAAAUUUGAAGUAGAUGAUGAAGAGCUACAAGAUGAGCCUCUCCAGAUCACAGUUCUUGAUCAUGAUACCUACAGUGCUAAUGAUGCCAUUGGCAAAGUGUACAUAGAUAUUGAUCCUUUGCUCUACAGUGAAGCAGCUACAGUUAUUUCAGGAUGGUUUCCAAUCUAUGAUACCAUUCAUGGUAUACGUGGGGAGAUCAAUGUGGUGGUGAAAGUAGAUCUCUUCAACGAUUUAAACAGAUUUAGGCAGUCAUCCUGUGGAGUCAAGUUUUUUUGCACUACAUCCAUUCCUAAGUGUUACAGAGCAGUAAUAAUUCAUGGAUUUGUGGAAGAACUUGUAGUUAAUGAAGACCCAGAAUACCAGUGGAUAGACCGAAUUCGUACACCAAGGGCAUCAAAUGAGGCUAGACAAAGACUUAUUUCCCUCAUGUCAGGUGAAUUGCAAAGGAAGAUUGGGUUGAAGGUGCUUGAGAUGAGAGGAAAUGCUGUUGUUGGUUAUUUGCAGUGUUUUGAUUUGGAGGGAGAGUCUGGACUAGUAGUGCGAGCCAUAGGAACAGCCUGCACGUUGGAUAAAUUAAGUAACCCAUCAGCAUUUUUGCCUGCAUGUAACUCCCCAUCCAAAGAAAUGAAGGAGUCUCCGCUGGUUCAUCCGCCAAGCCAUGGAUGCCGUUCGACUCACAACAGCCCAAUUCACACUGCUACUGGCUCACGACUUACUCAGAACUUCUCUGUGUCUGUUCCCACUCUCAUCUACACUGGAAUGGGCAGUGGGAGUGCUGGAAAAGAAGGGGGGCCAUUUAAAACUCUUUUAAGACAACAGACUCAGUCAGCUCUGGAACAAAGGGAAUUUCCAUUUUUUACCUUGACGACCUUUCCACCAGGCUUUCUUGUCCAUGUUGGUGGUGUUGUCAGUGCACGGUCUGUGAAGCUCCUGGAUCGCAUUCACAAUCCUGCCUUUGUCGGAAUUAUGGGUAACACAAGAUCAUACAAACUGCUAGACUGGAAUAGUUUCAAUUCAGAUGAACCAGAAACACGAGAUGCAUGGUGGGCAGAAAUCAGACAAGAAAUAAAAUCCCAUGCCAAGGCAUUGGGUUGUCAUGCUGUAGUGGGCUACAGUGAAUCAACUAGCAUUUGUGAAGAGGUCUGUAUUUUGUCCGCGUCUGGCACAGCAGCUGUACUGAACCCUAGGUUUCUUCAGGAUGGCACCAUGGAAGGCUGUUUGGAACAAAGGAUUGAAGAAACAUCACCACCAGGUUGUGGAUUUUGCCAUAUACCAUAUGAUGAACUGAACAUGCCAUUCCCUGCUCACCUCACUUACUGUUACAACUGCAGAAAACAAAAAGUUCCUGAUGUUCUUUUCACGACAAUUGAUCUUCCUGUAGAAGCAAUAGUUAUUGGGAAGGGAUGUCUUAUUCAAGCAAGGUUAUGCCGGCUAAAGAAGAAAGCUCAAGCUGAAGCAAAUGCAACAUCUAUCAGUAAUCUCUUGCCAUUUAUGGAAUAUGAAGUGCACACCCAACUGAUGAAUAAACUGAAGCUGAGAGGAAUGAAUGCUCUGUUUGGACUGAGAAUUCAGAUCACUGUGGGUGAAAAUAUGCUAAUGGGGCUGGCAUCUGCAACAGGUGUGUAUCUAGCAGCUUUGCCAACACCUGGUGGUAUUCAGAUUGCUGGGAAGACUCCAAAUGAUGGCACCUAUGAGCAGCAUAUAUCUCACAUGCAAAAGAAAAUAAAUGAUACGAUAGCAAAAAACAAAGAACUUUAUGAGAUUAAUCCUCCAGAGCUACCUGAAGAAAUCAUUGGGUCUCCCAUUCCAGAGCCAAGACAACGUUCCAGGUUAUUAAGAUCUCAGUCAGAAAGCUCUGAUGAAGUUACAGAGCUAGACCUUUCACAUGGGAAGAAGGAUGCUUUUGUCUUGGAGAUUGAUGAUACAGAUGCAAUGGAAGAUGUACAUUCUUUACUGACAGAUGCUCCACCACCUUCUGGUUUUUACAGUUGCAACACAGAAAUUAUGCCUGGUAUAAAUAACUGGACACCGGAAAUUCAAAUGUUCACAGCAGUAAGAGUAUCCAGAUUAAGCAACGUUAAUCUAACAAAUCAAACACUUAAUAAGAACUUUAAUGAUCUCUGUGAGAAUCUGUUGAAGAGCUUGUAUUUUAAACUACGAUCGAUGGUUCCCUGCUGCCUUUGUCAUGUGAAUUUUACAGUUGCUCUACCGGAGGAUGAAUUAGUUCAGAUUGCAGUCACAGCUGUUGCAAUUACAUAUGACAAAAACCAAGCAUUGCAAACCAACAAAGGCCCUACAGAAAAAUCACAGCAAAGAGCAUCUGCAGACAAUGAAGAACAGCUACAAUUUCCAUUGGAACUUUGCUCUGAUCCCCUUGCUUCUCAACCAUUCUCACCAGCUAAAGAAGCCCUGGAGGGUGCAAGUUCUCACACAGGUAUUCCUGCGGCUCAGAGAGACAGAUGCAACAGCUGGAUAGAGCUCAUUAAACUGAAAGCUCAGACCAUAAGGCGCGGAUCAAUUAAGACAACUGCUUCACUUGACAAAGCAAGUCCAUUGGCUGAGGGGUACUUACGGCACCGUUCUGUUCCAUCAUGCACCAAUUCUACCGUCUCAGUUGUUAAGAUGACACCUCUUUCUUUUCUACCUGGGGCAAAAAUAACCAAAUAUCUUGGGAUAAUCAACAUGUUUUUUAUACGAGAAACCACUUCUUUACGUGAGGAGGGUGGUGUCAGUGGUUUUCUGCAUACUUUUAUUGCUGAAGUGUUUGCAAUGGUGAGAGCUCACGUUGCAGCUUUAGGAGGGAAUGCAGUUGUCUCCUACAUAAUGAAGCAGUGUGUUUUCAUGGAGAAUCCAAACAAAAAUCAGGCUCAGUGUUUAAUAAAUGUCAGUGGUGAUGCUGUCAUCUUUGUACGUGAAUCUGAGCUAGAAAUGUUACCAGUCCAACCUUCUACAGCUGUUUCUCAACCCACGAGUACUGGAGGAGAUGUCACAACAUGAAGACAAAAAAUGAAAUAAUUUCUGCCAAAUACAAAGAUUAUUUAAAAUGUGGGAAUGUUUAGGUUUGCAUCUUCAAAACCGGUGUCUGCCCAUAAUGUUAAUAGCCAAAAUCUGAGACAAUCACUAUACUUCGUCCUCUAACUGUAUGUAAUAGUCAAGGUAGCAUAUCAUCAGGUAUGCUUUCAUUUGUUUGUUGUAACUACAGGCCCCUGUGAAACCUAGGACCGUGGAUUGAAAUAGUAGGCAUCACAUGGCACUGUGAAAGUGAAUAAAAAUUCUGUUGCAUUUUUGAGCUGUUGAACAGGACCAUGAAAAGUUGUAAUUUGGAACCAUUUCUGAGUUUGCAUAUUGUAUUAGCUGAUUCCCAGCUCUGUUUAAGAGAUAAAAGAGGAGUUGGGGUGGGUGGGAGAUACUGAGAAGCCUGUAUUGGCAACCUUUGCUGAAGGAGCAAGAGAAAGAGGCUAAGAAAAUGUGAGCUGAAGCCUGAAUGUACAUCGUAGAGUGUGAGGAGGAAGAAGCAGCACCAAAACAUUACAGUUUGAAUUUCUUCACACUAAAAAUUUUUUCAAACUGUUUGUGAACUGCUGAUUUAUUUUUCUAAAGAUUAUUGCUAUGCAGCAAAUGUUUUGGGUGGGUGUUUUGGGUUUUUUUGCUGUUGUUGUUGUUGUUUUUACAAGGUGGCAGACCAUGAUGCAGACUUCCUAGUCAUUCCUGUAGUUAAAAAAAAAAAAAAAGAACAAAAAGUUCCAAAGUGUGUUCGGUGCUAUUAUAAGAUGUUCACUUCCACAUUGACAAGACAGAUCUUUUUUUAUAUAUAAGAUUCUGUGAAAGAAUUGUCCCGAGGCUCAUUUUCUUAAGGCGUGACCUCUUGCAAGGAUGACAUGAACAGUCCUCCAGAAGUCAGUUAUACAGAGGUAGUCUCCAGCCUCCUUUCUGUUUAACAAGCUGGCAAUGCCUCGUUAAUUGGAGAUUAAUGUAUGUUUGUGAUGCUGCUUUCUGCGAGUUGAGGAUUUAGUUGUUUUUUGGUUUUGGGGUUUGGGUUGUUUGGAUUUUUUUCCAGUACUGUAGCUGGGAAAUGAGGAUACUGCAAAGAAAGGAAAUUUGUCAUUUCCUGUAAGUGUCUGACAGGUGGUGAUGUUUUAAGAUACAAAAUGCAAACUUUGAUUUGAAGAUGCAUUCUUACUUAAUUCUGACAAUACCAUAUGUGGAACUUGAACAAACUUGUAAACUUGAAUGUAAAUAUUCUGCUUGCAAAGGCAUGAUUAUUUGUUAAAACUAAUUAUUUCAUUGUAAAUGAGCAUGGAAAUCAUUCUUGCACAUUAAAUUUCUUUACAAAAUUAA